AUGUACAAACUUUUUGUAUUCGUUACCAUCUUGGCUAUUGCCUUUGCUACUCCUGUUCCUGAAGCGAAAGCUGACCCUAAGCCUGAAGCAAAACCGGGACUCAUUGCUGCAGCUUACAGUGCUCCUCUUGUAGCCAGCCCAGUAGCCUAUUCUGCAGCCUACAGCGCCCCAUUGACUUACGCAGCAUCUCCUCUAGCUUACAGCGCUUACCCAGCUUAUUCUGCAUAUCCUGCAUAUGCUUCACCCUACGUAACUGUUUUAUAA